UUGUCAGAUAAGUAUUUUACUCUGUACUUGAAUAUCUUUUCUCUUUAUGUCUAAGAUUUCUCUCUUUGUAAAAAGAAUUUUCUUUUAUUUUACAGAUUUUUUAAUGAGCAAAGAUUCAGGAGUGUGAAGUGUAACAUAUAGAGUGCAAUAAUAUGAAGAGGCGACACAUUAGAUUAUUUUGGUUACUCGGUUAUGGAUGUAAUUAGAGUAAAACGUGGAUUAUAAAGCCACUUUGGAUAUCUUUUCACUUUUCCAAUUUACCUGAAGAGUAGCAAUCAACUGCAGUUUCAUCAUUUUCAGCAUCAGAAAAAUUAUCUUGGUUUAAGUUUUGGAGACACUGGGUAUGAGAGACGGAUGGUCCAUCGAUAAUUGGAGAAGCAUCUGCUGUAUCUAGAAAAUAUUCAAAAUUAUAACUGCCCUCAAUGACAGCUGAGUGAUAAUAUUGUAUCGAAUGUACAAAUCUGGUGUACUAUCAUUGAGUCUAUUCUAUCUCCAUGGAAUCUUGCGAAUUGGAGUCAUUCAAUUGAUCACAAUACCCUGAUGGCUCUUUGUUGGUGGGAGAAGGGCUGCCAAGCAUUUCUAUGAAUGUAAUAAUUUUCAUAUCGGAGCCACGAAUUUCGGACACCAGCGGCCCGAAAUCGCUUUGCUUAGUAAGCAAGGGGAGGGGAGAAGAACUCUUCGAAGAGCAAAACAGUGCGCGCGUAAGAAAUCGGUAUAAAGAAGGGAGGAGGGGUGGCUACAUCACUGAAGAACGUGUAAAUCUCGAUGUAGACCCAUAAAACGCGCAGAACUUUUUGAAACCACGCCCCUGUCAGCGACUGGCGCUAACAGAAAUAAAAAAUCUGAAGGAAGAAGAUAAAAUAGUAUAUGUAGCUGAAAUGUUACACGAAGUUUUGCGCAACCAAGCCGAAGAAAAGAUUCAAAAUGAAAGGCGACAGGUAAUGAUACCUACUUCCAGUAACGGUUCGAUUUGCUCUUCUGAAUCGUCUGCGAUUCGAUCUCGUUUCCCGAUUGACUCUUUAAAAGAUUUCAUUAAGUUCAACGGUGAUCUUCGUGAUGGAAAUUACGUCAUGCAAGUGCGAAACUAUUUGAGAACUAUAGGAGGAAGAAGGCUCACGAAACACGAUAUCACAAGAGAGAAAUUAGCUAGUAUUUUAACCGACAAAGUUGCUAUUCAUUACAACUUCUGUGGAACAAAUAGACAGUUGAAAAAGAAACCGUUUAGUACAUUGCGCAUAUGGGAUUUGAUUCAUAAUGAAGUUGUUGAUUUCUCCUACCAAACCAAAGAGGCCGAUGAUACGUGUAAAACGUGGUUAAAGCAGGCAAAAAAAAGGAUGGAAACAACAGCAGAGAAAUUAAAAACCCGUAACGACAAAGACAAGGAACAUGAAGGCGAACAACCCAAAAAAAGAAACCAACAAGAAGCUCAAGAAAACCAAAAAGCUUAUAGCGAAAAAGAAGACGAAUUUCAUUUAUAAUUGUAUUACGAUUUGUAUUGCGUUUUUCUCUAAAUUUAUACGUAUGUACAACUGUACAUCUAUUUUUUUUAGGUAUUUUAGCCAUGUUUAAUGGAUAUGAAACUAUAAUCGAGUAUAGUUUAUUUUUGUUCUGUUCUUAAUUCUUCAUUAUCGUUUUUAGGUAAACUAACGAGCGUACACAUAUAAGUGUAAUUUAGAAUGUAACAUCGACGAUUCUUGUAUUAACAAGUAUUUUUUGUAAUGAAUGUCGCAGGCGGUAUUGGUAAUAAAUACAUUGCACAUAAAAUUUA